UCCUGCAACGCGGGAGGGUUCAGUUUAGAGGCAGUGUUUUGAAGUCAAGACCCACAAAAUAUAAGAGACUGUAUCCUUGGACAUAACGCGGAGAUUUAUUUCAUCUUCGAGUGAAUAUUGGAUAAACCUGAAUAAAAAUCAACAACAGAGAAACAACUAUGAAGUCUCCUCAACUGAAGUCUCGAGGCAAAGGCAAGUUCACUGAGGAGGACGAUCUGAGUGACGUGCUCGGUGAGUUUGACGCAGUGAUCGAAGAUUUCACGUCACCGGUGGAGAAGAGACACUUUCGAUACGACGAGCAUCUGAAGACCAUGAAGAGGAGAAGCAGCGCGAGUGUCAGUGACAGUGGCAUCAGCGACUCAGAAAGUGCAGAGUCCCUGAACAGAAACAGUUUCAGCUUCAGCGAUGAGAGGCUCAACUCCCCCACAGUCUUCUCCCCCACCUCUCCCGCUCUCAUGUCACCCAAAGCCAAACUGGGAGACACCAAAGAACUGGAGGACUUCAUUGCCGACCUUGACAAAACAUUAGCGAGCAUGUGACACGGAGACGACAACACACAGACCCGUCCUGGAGUGUAGCCAUGAGGGAGCGGGGCAUCUGUCUGGACUUCACCCCCCCCCACCAGCCACCCAAAUCCCCUCCUUCUCACCCUGAUACAGCUGGAUUUGGCACACCAGCUGCCAUGGCGACCACGCCAACUCUGAAUCCCACAGCGAGACCGAAACUCAUCUCCUCCUGUAGUCCGAAUCACUGUCCUGUCAGGAUCGUAUCUCCCCUCCUCUCCUCUUCCUUUCCUCCCCUCCUCCCCACUUCCCUUCCUACCUUCCUUGCCUCCUCCCCCUCGCACUACUGCAGCAUUAGUCUGUAUGCAUACAGAAUACUCAAGGUGUUUGGAGGAAUUCAACGAUUCAAGUGGAGCACCCAUUGGCUAUGUAUCUGUAACUAGUGAUGGUGAAAAAGUUAAGCAGGGUAGCAAAGGAGAGAAGCAAAGGAUGUCAUUAACAGUCAUUGUGACAAUGUCUGCUCCCUCACUAACACACACAGGGCUGUGCUACUUUAAUCAAAACUUGAGCUGAAAGAGUAUUUAAAAAUAGCUUUUUUUUAUAGAAGUAUAUUUGUAAUUUUUAUAGAGCUGGUUAUUGUACAUUUAUCAGUAAUACUUUUUUGGUGAAAUAUAUUUUUGUAUUUUAUGUAAAUAAUGAUUGCGCCAAAUUAUAUUGCUUUGGUAUUAAAAAGCUUCUAUGGAAAGAUUAAGAUUUGGGCUGGACACUUGUUGACUGCUGGUUUCAAGCUUCUAACGAAUGUGAACUUAAAUCAUAAUUUACUUGGAAAAACUGGCCGGUCAAAACAACGUAUUUAAUACAGCUACCAGAGACGACAUUAUUCAUGAAAAUUGAUAAAUAAAAUGAAUAUUUCUAUGGA